CCACAGUUGCUCCCGCCCGUCCCGACGCGGCUAAAGCUCCCACUCCGUUGAACCUCGCCUCAAGUCCUCCCGUCCAACGUGACAAACGGCAAUGUCAAGGUAAAGGCGACGCCAGCCAAGGGUUCAUCCACAACGAUCAUUACCAACACGGCAGUCAAACUUUGUCUUCCCUCUCAGAGUUUCCCGGCAGUGGAGCUCUUGCCACACCUUUUUUUUCCGUUGUCAACUUGUAGUCGUUACAAGUCCCGCCGCCUUGGCACUUCGCGGACCUUCACUCGCGCCCGGAAUCGCGGCAUCUCCCGCUCCUCGACAUCACCUCGACUUUGCCCGACGUCAUCACAAUCAUGUUCUCCCGCCAUGACUCUCAACCCCGCCAGACCUUGAUCACCGCUUUCGUCGCCUGGAAGGCCCUCUUGCUGGCCAUCGCCCUCGGCAGCGCUGUGGCGCCAUCUUACGAUACUUCGACGACCUUGAUGCUCCAGCGCAAUGAGUCCGACAUCUCUCUCGUCACCCGCCUGACGCGCUGGGACGCUCUCUACUUCACUCAAUCCGCCAGACGCGGCUUCGUGUUCGAACAGGAGUGGGCUUUCAAUGCUGGUCUGCCACUCGUCGUCUCGGGCCUGAUCCGGGUCGCGCGCCUGCUUGGCUUCGAGGGCGAUGAAACCGGAGCGUCAGAGGCUGCCUUCAGCAUCAUGGUCGCUCACGUAGCUCAUCUAUUCGCCGCUCUCAUGCUGUACGAGCUGACCAUCAAGCUCUUUGCUCGACCUCGAUUGGCAUUCCUGUCCGCCUUGCUCCACAUCUUGUCUCCGGCUGGCCUAUUCCUUUCGGCACCCUACGCGGAGAGUCUUUGCGCCUUCUUCUCUUUCGCUGGCUACUACGUGCUCGCAUCGGCGUCGAACUCCACCAAGGGGUUGUUCCCAUGGGUCACAGCUCAGAUCUUGGCCGGCGCCAUCUUUGGUCUCGCGACGGCCUCUCGGUCAAACGGCCUCCUGAACGGCCUCCCCUUCGCCGUCGAGUGUCUAAUGAUCCUACCCACGCUGCUGGCCAGCCCUACGAGCUUGAAAAAUAUUGCGGCUCUGUUCGGUUCUGUCACAGGCGGGCUCCUCGUGGCAACGGGGUCCGUUGUACCACAAGCGCUUGCUUGGCUGCGAUACUGUUCCGGCGCAUCCGGGGCGCGCGCAUGGUGUGAGCGGACCGUGCCCAGCAUCUAUUCCUUUGUACAGGAACAUUACUGGGGCGUUGGCUUGUUCCGUUAUUGGACGCUAUCGAACGUUCCUCUGUUCAUUCUUGCCGCGCCGGUGCUGGGACUGCUCAUGGUGUCCGGGUGGGAAGUCAUCAACAGGCCUUCGGGGUUGGCGCGGAGUCCGACGGCGGAGAAGCAGCGACAAGGGCAGAGUGGCACGAAGUCGGUUUUAGUAGGUUCCAUGGCCGCUGCCCAACUUCUGCUUGCCGCCUUGGCGAUCACGACGUACCAUGUCCAGAUCAUCACCAGGAUCGCGUCCGGGUAUGCGGUGUGGUACUGGUGGGUUGCCGGCUGUCUGCUGGACCACGGCGCCAACGGCAAGAGACGGGACGUUGGCGGCAAAGUUGUCACUUUUUCGGUAAUGUACGCCAUGAUUCAGGGUGUGUUGUUUUCGUCGUUUCUACCGCCUGCUUGAGAUACCCCGGGUUCUGCCGCUGCGGCGCAUGGAUCUCAGUUCAACCUGUUCAUCAUAAUGAAUAAACUUUCCUUCUGACAUCGAGUCGCAUGACGGGAGUGCCUUCUGAUUUUAACGCCCUUUACUGCAUAUGGGAUGAUGACCAAGAAUGUCGGCCACUUCGGAUAGCCUGGAAAGUUCAUGGACCCUUAUCUGGACCCUAGCUCUUGCUGGCAGGUAAGCCAAGCAAACCUAGAGCCUUGCGUAUGAGGUGUA